AUGAUGCAGACUCAAGCGAACUUCCUCACUAUCCUUUCGUGCAUCACCAGCUUCUUAUCUCUAAGUGCCGGCCUUGCUCUUCCAGAUCUCACCUCUGCAGUCACUCAAGAUGUUGCUGAUAAUACUACUUCCUUGGUCUUGCCCUUGAACAUCACACUCCCGUCCGUCAACAUCGACCCAAGCCGUUAUCCCGUCCCGGGCUCUGAUGGCGUAGUCAUCCGUGUCGAAAACCGGGGCAGACCAAUUCCUGUCGAAGUGGCAAGUAACAUCAUGAAUGCCGCCGCGGCCGAGCUAAAUCAACGCGUGCCAUUCAACCAGCCCCAUCGGAAAAUGAGCGAAGACCACGUCUUCAAGCUGGACCCCUGGCCCAAACCUAUCCCUGCAGGUUCCCCGGAACUGCUCAUUCAGACACCGUUCGCAAUGAACACGGAGUGGCAAUGGGUCCGGGAUGCUGUGAGGGGCGCGUUGCAGGUGUUCUUGACGCCAGAGGCACGCGGGGGCACGGGAAAUGUAGAGAUUUCGUUCUGGUACAGUAGUGACGCGAUGGGGAUUUUAGGCCGGGGAGUUUUUGGGUAUCGUCGUACUGGAUUUGUGCUCGGAGAAGACAGUGGUGUGGCUGGGAGUAGUCUGACGCAGUGA